CGAUGCCUGCGCGCUUCAGGGCCUGGUCUGGCCGUCCCGCCAUCCUUGUCGGUUUCUCGGGUUGCGGACCCCGCGCGGUGCUGGGCGAUGCUGGCCUGCCCAUGGCCACCACCUCGCUUCAUUCCAGUCUCUUUGGGCCGCCGCAUUCGUCCAUCUGCCCGUCUCUCCCUGCGCAAAAUUCCAAGAUCAGCAAAUACUGGGCACACGGUGGAGCGCUGCGGGGGCCCCCCUGAGCGCGGGUCGGGGGCGGGACCAGGGUCCGGCUGGGGCGUGCCCGAGGGGAGGGACUCCCCGGCUUGUGGCCGGGUGCUGCCCGCGGUGCUCAGCGCCCGCCCAGGCGCGCCAUGGGGAACCGCACCACCGCGGACGCGGACGGGCUGCUGGCUGGGCGCGGGCCGGACGCGGGGACUGCUGCGGGGGCAUCUGCCGGGCUGGCUGGGCCGGGCGCGGUGGCGCUGGUGGGGGGCGUGCUGCUCAUCGGCGCGGUGCUCGCGGGGAAUUCGCUCGUGUGCUUGAGCGUGGCCACCGAGCGCGCCCUGCAGACGCCCACCAACUCUUUCAUCGUGAGCCUGGCGGCCGCCGACCUCCUCCUCGCUCUCCUGGUGCUGCCGCUCUUCGUCUACUCCGAGGUCCAGGGUGGCGCGUGGCUGCUGAGCCCCCGCCUGUGCGACGCCCUCAUGGCCAUGGACGUCAUGCUGUGCACCGCCUCCAUCUUCAACCUGUGCGCCAUCAGCGUGGACAGGUUCGUGGCCGUGGCCGUGCCGCUGCGCUACAACCGCCAGGGUGGGAGCCGCCGGCAGCUACUGCUCAUCGGCGCCACGUGGCUGCUGUCCGCGGCGGUGGCGGCGCCUGUACUGUGCGGCCUCAACGACGUGCGCGGCCGCGACCCCGCCGUGUGCCGCCUGGAGGACCGCGACUACGUGGUCUACUCAUCCGUGUGCUCCUUCUUCCUACCCUGCCCGCUCAUGCUGCUGCUCUACUGGGCCACGUUCCGCGGCCUGCAGCGCUGGGAGGUGGCACGUCGCGCCAAGCUGCACGGCCGCGCGCCCCGCCGACCCAGCGGCCCCGGCCCGCCUUCCCCCACGCCCCCCGCGCCCCGCCUCCCACAGGACCCUUGCGGCCCUGACUGUGCGCCCCCCGCGCCCGGCCUUCCCCAGGGUCCCUGUAGCCCCGACUGCGCGUCCCCGGCGCCCGCCCUUCCCCAGGGUCCCUACGGCCCCGACUGUGCGCCCCCCGCGCCCGGCCUUCCCCAGGGUCCCUACGGCCCCGACUGUGCGUCCCCCGCGCCCGGCCUUCCCCGGGGUCCCUGCGGCCCCGACUGUGCGCACUCCGCGCCCGGCCUUCCUCGGGGUCCCUGCGGCCCCGACUGUGCGCCCGCUGUGCCCGGCCUUCCCUGGGGUCCCUGCGGCCCCGACUGUGCGGCCCCCGCGCCCGGCCUCCCCCCGGACCCCUGCGGCUCCAACUGUGCGCCCCCCGACGCCGUCAGAGCCGCCGCGCUCCCACCCCAGACUCCACCGCAGACCCGCAGGAGGCGGCGUGCCAAGAUCACCGGCCGGGAGCGCAAGGCCAUGAGGGUCCUGCCGGUGGUGGUCGGUGGGUUCCUGUCCUGGGGGAAGGGGGGGAGGGGAGUACGAGGCACGGAUGGGCGGGGGGCGCUAACGCGGCUCUCGGCGCCCCCAGGGGCCUUCCUGCUGUGCUGGACGCCCUUCUUCGUGGUGCACAUCACGCAGGCGCUGUGUCCUGCCUGCUCCGUGCCCCCGCGGCUGGUCAGCGCCGUCACCUGGCUGGGCUACGUUAACAGCGCCCUCAACCCCGUCAUCUACACUGUCUUCAACGCCGAGUUCCGCAACGUCUUCCGCAAGGCCCUGCGUGCCUGCUGCUGAGCCGGGCACCCACGGACGCCCCCGGGCCUGAUGUCCAGGCCUCAGGGACCAAGGAGACGGGGAGGGCGCUUUUGUACGUUAAUUAAACAAAUUCCUUCCCAAA